AUGUUGCAAUUUCAAGAAGCAAUCCAAAGCAGGAAUCCACCAGUCAAUCCUUCGGUCAAACUGGCGCAAGAAAAUGCUGCAUCGCAACCGGUAUCACAUCCUCUUGAUACGAACGACCACGCAGACACCUCCCAGCUUCCAGAUAGCCCAAUCCAGCAUUUCGAUACACCAAAAGGCCUGACUCUCCAAGUUGAUUUCGCAUGGUCCAAAUUCCGCAACAUCGUCAGCGAGAAGAAUGGCGACCAACUCACACCACUUUACAUUCAACACUUCCGACCCACCAAGCCUCAACUACGAUUCGAAACCGCCCGCGAUAAUGUCAACAUCGCAUCCGGCACCAUCAAGAACAUCUCCAUCAGCGCGGAGUGCGAACUCAACGGCAAAACCGUUGAGUUGAAACCUCUCGCGAGAUGGAAAACAAAGUACAACUAUCUCUCCACCACCCUAUCCCCAGACAACUCUCCCGUAGCAAUAUCAUGGAUCACCAGUUCAUCCAUGAAGAUCUGGGACUUCAUCUGCGUCGAUGCGAAUCAGAUCGCUAUUGCGAAGUUUUCCGUCAAUAUAUGGGCGAUGAAGCAAGUUGGCAAUUUCCAUUUCGAGAAGAGUGCGGAGGCAAUUAGCAAGGAAGCUAGAGACGAGAUUGUUGUGAUGGGUUUGACGCUGAUGUAUGUUAUGCGUGUUUGCGAAGCCGGGGAGGGUGGAUGA